UGCGUCGUCUUGUGUGGAGGACUUCGUCUGAAUCUGAGAGGCUAAAGCCUGCUGAAGCUCUGUGGCCGCACUCAUCUCUUUUCUCCUCCUCCUUCCUCCUCCUCUUCCUUCAAGGAAGGAGGAACAGACUGGCCCACUCUUUGUUGCGUAGCCCGAGUAAAGGCUGUCUGUACGUGCUUCGUUCCGGUCACUUCACCUGAACAUCCAGAGACGAGGCUUCUCUGAAGCCUGGGUAUAUUUCUGCUGUUAAAUAGGGUAUUAAAGUUGAAGCCAUAUCCGGGUUGGAAAUGGUUCUGCAAAGAGUUAUCCGUGCUGUUAUUAUGGGACCCCCAGGAUCCGGGAAAGGGACGGUGUCUGCGCGCAUUACCAAAACUUUUGGACUGAAUCACAUCUCCAGUGGGGACCUGUUAAGAAGCAACAUUAAGGAAAAGACGGAGCUGGGCUUGUUGAUGAAGUCCUGUAUUGAUCAGGGUCAGCUGGUACCUGAUGGAAUCAUAUCUCGACUCAUCCUGAAUGACCUGAGAACAAUAGACCACGGCGGCUGGCUGCUCGACGGAUUUCCUCGUACAGUGUCCCAGGCAGAGGCACUUGAUCAAGUUUAUGUUGUGGAUACAGUCAUCAACCUCAAUGUACCUUUCCAGACCAUCAAAGAAAGGCUGACCUCUCGUUGGACUCACAUUCCAAGUGGCCGAGUCUACAAUACAGAUUUCAACCCACCGAAAGUUCCUGGUAUUGAUGAUGUGACGGGGGAUGCUCUGGUGCAGAGGGACGAUGACAGACCAGAGACGGUCACACGGAGGUUGAAAGCCUAUGAAAACCAGACAGAACCGGUAUUAGAGUACUACAGAAGUAAAGGUGUACUAGAGACCUUCUCGGGGACGGAAACAAACAAGAUAUGGCCACACGUUGAAGCUUUCUUCCACAAGAAAAUCCCCUCGCUGAGUCAAAGAGCUGCUUAGAAAGCUUAAAAAACGCAAGAAGGCCUCAAGUCGACCUCCAGGAACCACUCCGUGUGCAUCGUCCAAUCAAAAAGCCACGUCCUAAAAGUUUAAAGGAGGGUCAUUUAUGUCCUAAUAUAUUGUGAAUUUGCAAAAUAAGGAUUAGUAUUAUUUGUUUUAAGUUAGGUGGUAUGAGUAAUUUCUAGAGGUUAUGAAAAGUUUUGAAAGCUUAUUGUAGUCCUGCAGAGCUGUUGAUGUUUGGGGAAACUCAGGAAGGUGUGCAACAUCUUCCACAGUUGUUAAUGGGCAUAUCAAUUGUUUCAUGUGUGGAUGUAAUCAGGGACUUAAAUAUUGAGUUGUGGAAUAGUAAAAUAAGAGGGACUAGUUUGCACAAUAUGCCACAAGAAUGGGGACCACUGCUUAGGGAACAGGGACUACUGCAAUGCACAAUUGCAAUAACAAGUACGGUAUGUCUUAGUUGAACACAUUAAUAAUGAGGCCUUGACCCACACAUAUAGAUAUGAGCUGGUUCAAGACCCCUGACCGCUUUUUAAAUGAGGGAUCCUUUAAUAAUAGUAGGGUGGGGGCUUUUUUGUUUUUAGUCUGACAAAGGUGUGCACAUCUGCCUUAGGGGCCGUUUCUUACGCAUGGCGUGGUUGUGCCAAAGGGAAACGUUCUGUGCAGUUGUAGACGCACACAUGCACACAAGUGCCUUUUGCUGCUUUUGACAAUGUAGCAUGUAGCUAACCAGAUGUGGUUUGUAAAUACCUUUUUAUUUUAUAAUCGUGGACCACAUUAACUAUAUUGAUCAUUUUUGAUUAUCUGAAGAAACCAGCACUGUGAAACAUCAUCUUUGUAAGGUCUUUUCUGUUUUAAUUUUAAGUCUCUUUGUAACUGACAUUUGUCAUUUUAAUGUAUCUUACUUGACAACUAAUAUACUAACACAUUCUUUAAGAGUUUAUUCAGGGCUGCAUCUUGUUGUAAUGUCUCACUGCAGUUUUUGCACUUUCUUCAAAAUGUUAUGUCCUGUUAAAAUCCUUUCAAAUGUUUAUCUGCAGUGUACUGUAGUUAACACACUGAAUGAUUCACAAAUUAUUGUAUCUUGAAUAUCAUGUUUAAAAGCAGUUGGAUACUAGGUUUAAAAGCAUGCGCCAUUUUCUUUUCUUAGACUAUUCACAAGUGUGCUGCAAGUAUUUAUGAAUCACAAUAAACUUGUACUGUAACACGAGAAGGCCACAACUUAUACCGUAUGUCAUUUGAAAAAAAAAAAACAUUGUUCCAUCCACCCAGCUUCAUUAUAAUGAGGCAAAGGUUCACAUUUAAAGACCUGUUUCACAUAAAGAGGGAAAAAUGCCUUCAUAUAUACAUGAAAGUUUAUAUCCAUUGUAAAUGUAAUUCCAUUAAUUGAAUUAAAUCAUGACUUCUGCACUGCUUCAA